AUGACUAUAACACCAGAGGAUGUUAAUAUCCUCAUUGCGCACCAUCUACAGGAAUCUAGCUUUUCUCAUACAGCAUAUAUAUUCAGAAAUGAAGCCUUAGUCGAAGAUGAUAAUAUAAAUGUUCCACCACAAGCUUUAAUUACGAUUUUACAGAAAGGAAUGCUCUACAUGCAGCUUGAAAAAGCAAUUAAUAACGGAGCAAAGAACGAACAGACACCAGAACAAAUUAUAAAUUCUUUAGUUGAGUCAGCUCAUCAACAAGAGCCUGUUCAACACCAAAGACCAGCUCCUAAAUUAAAACAAGUACACCACGCACCGCCACCGCCUCAAACUCCUGCACCUCCACCACCUCCCCCGCCUCCUCCGCCCCCGCCAGAGAAGAUCGAAGUCACAGAUCUUCCGUACGAUAAAGCUCAGCUUUAUAAGAAGCAUAAUGAAGAAGUUUUCUGCGGAUCAUGGACAAACGAUAGCAAAUACUUCGCUUCAGCAAGCAAUGAUGCAACAGCAGUAAUUUGGGAAUGCCAAAAUCAACAAUUCGUUAAUCCAACUACAUUAGAUCAUGCUCUAAAGCAAGAUCGUAAUGAUAAAGGCGUUGUUUCAUUAGCAUGGAACUCCGCAUCUACAUUACUUGCUACUGGAUGCAAUGAUGGUGCAGUUAGGCUUUGGACAAACAAAGGAACUCUCAAAUAUGUUCUUAAUUUUCAUACAGCCUCAAUUUUCGCAAUACAAUUCAGUCCUGACGACAAUUACCUUCUUACAUGCUCCCAGGAUACUCGCGUUAUUGUCUGGGAUGUUUCUCGAGGCCAACAAAGACAAAUUUUCCAAUUCCACAAGAAAUCUGCCUUAGAUAUCGACUGGUACGACAACCAAACCUUUGCUUCUUGUUCUAGUGACCAAACAAUCAUACUCUGCAGGGUCGGAAACUCUCGUCCGCUUGUAACUCUUCAAGGACACCAGAACGACGUUAACAAGAUCUCCUGGGACCCGUCCAAAAAGUAUCUCGCAAGUUGUUCGGACGAUGGAACCGUCAGAGUAUGGCCAGACCCAUUCGACCACAAAUCUCAGCCGAUUAUCUUCAAAGGACAUACUUCUCAAGUGUAUACGAUCAAAUGGAUACCAGGCGUAGACAAACCAAAGCAUCUCGCGAGUGGCGCUUUCGAUUAUAAAGUCAGAAUCUGGGAUGUACCAAACAGAACGUGCAUUGCGGUCAUUGAUUGGGUACAACAGGUUUUCUCAAUCACUUUCUCGCCAAAUGGUAACUUUUUCGCCGUAGGAGGAAGAUAUACUAAACUUGGUAUUUACAGAUCCUCAGAUGCGGUUUUGAUCGGCCAAUAUACGACUUCUGAAGAAAAUUCCAGCUUGCCUGGAGGUAUUUUCGAGGCUGCUUGGAGUCCUGCGGGAGAUACAAUCGCAUUAUGUGAAACAAACUCAAUCGUAGCUCUUGUUCCAACUAAUCUGUUCCCAUACUACAAAGAGUAA